AUGGAUAGACGUCGACUCACCUUGAAGGAGUUGGAGGAAAAAGUACCUUUUCCCUACCCAGUGGAGAAAUGCUUCAUGCUAAAGGAGCUGAUUAUGAAUUUGGCUAGGCAAGGAAGGAUUGAGUUGGACGUUGACGAAAUCAGAGAUGCGAACAUUGCCACAAUUGUGUUUGGAUCCUAUGAUCCUGUGUUGUUGCCCGUAUUGUCACCAAGAUUGAAGUUUCAAUCAACGAGGGGCAUAUACUAG